UCUUCCCACCUACAUAGCUCCAUCUUCCAUCCUCUCUCUCUCUCUCUCUAUAAGUAAGAACAAAUGCUUGAGUUCCAAAUGCCACCUUCCACACUACCAAAGGAUAUCUGUUACAAGGAAGACAACGGCAGAGACAGUGAUCUUCUUCCCACCUACAUAGCUCCAUCUUCCAUCCUCUCUCUCUCUCUCUCUCUCUCUCUCUCUCGCUUGCUAUUGUCUUUUUUAAUACCAAAUGCACAACCAUGACAAUAAAUGCCUCCAUGCAUCCCUUGCAACCAAAGCAUCCUCUCCCCUGCCUUUGCACUUAGCUUUUCAUGGUGCACUGUUUCAAAUGCCAUUAAUGCCUCCUCUUCUCCCUCCAUCCUCCUCCCCUCACUGCCCAUUUCAUCCCCCCUGCAGCACUUCUCCGCUUCUCCUUUUCCUUGGGAGCCCGACUGCCCUCCGCCUGUAGCGUGGAGCGUAACGACUGCACUCCGCUUCUCCUUUACAGAGACGAAGAAUGCGGGAGCUGUGUAAGAAAAGCAAAAGCCUCAGGCGCCUCCUCUCUGUCACCGUUGGAAGGAGGAGGAGCAGAGAUGAAGAGGACACGCACGAGAACGCCUCCCCGGUGUGUGAGAGCAAACAGGUGGAGCUUAUGCUCGAUGUUAGCUCGCCGCCCCUGAAACCAACUUGGAGAUGCUUCUCCUACAAUGAGAUCCACAAGGCGACCAAUGGUUUUCACCAAGAUAACUUGGUGGGCAGAGGUGGGCACGCGGAGGUGUACAGGGGCGUGAUGGAGGACGGGCGUGCGAUUGCCGUGAAGAGGAUGAUGAUAGCCGCCACGGACGAGCAGAGGGAGAAGGACUUCUUGACGGAGCUCGGCACCGUCGGCCAUGUGCGGCACCCUAAUGUGUCUGCUCUUCUCGGCUGCUGCAUCGACCGCGACCUCCACUUGAUCUUCGAGUUCUCCUCCCGUGGCUCCGUCUCGUCCAAUCUCCACGAUGAGAACUCGCCACCAAUGGCUUGGAAGCUGCGGUACGACAUCGCGGUGGGCACUGCGCGCGGACUCCAUUACCUGCACAAGGGGUGCCAGAGAAGGAUCAUCCACAGAGACAUCAAGGCCUCCAACGUACUCCUCACGACCAGCUUUGAGCCUCAGAUUUCAGAUUUCGGCCUUGCAAAAUGGCUUCCGUCGGAGUGGACUCACCGUGCGGUUGCGCCGAUCGAAGGGACAUUUGGGUGCUUGGCGCCGGAAUACUUCAUGCAUGGCAUCGUGGACGAGAAGACGGACGUCUUCGCCUUCGGCGUCUUCCUGCUGGAGAUCAUAUCCGGGAGAAAGCCAGUGGAUGGCUCCCACAGGAGCUUGCUUAGCUGGGUAGAUGCAAGACCUUUUCUCGACGAUGGCAACAUGCGAGUGCUGGUCGAUCCAAGAUUAUGUGAAGACUAUGACAUGGAGCAGCUGAGACGGCUCACCUUCUCAGCCUCUCUGUGUGUCAGAGCAGCAGCAACAUUGCGCCCCUCCAUGACCGAGGUCGUGGAAUUAUUGGAGGGUGGUGAGAUUUCGCAAGAUCGAUGGACGACACCAGAGGAGGAGGCAGAGGAGGUGGAAGAAGAGUUUUGGGGCUUUGAUGAUCUCAUCAACGACGACGACGGUACUACUCCCUCAUCUUUAGGAUCUCCAAUGAGGAGUAACGUACAGAACAAGUAGCAUUUGGACAUGCAAUGUUCAUAUAUCUUAAGUUGGUAUGUUUAAGGCAUUGUAAGCCAAACUACAGCAAUAGAAUUUUAGAUUGUUGGAGCCA